AUGAUACAGCAUUUUAUUAAAUUAUCGAAUAGUAUAAUUCAACCACCCAAUAGGUCGACUGAUUUCCAUUAUGAAAGAUUGUGUGCUCUCAAUUCCAUAUUGCAAUUGCUACUAGCAAAAGAAACAGAAGUAGAUUCAAUUGAAAUGACAAAACAAACAAUAACUAAAAUUUACUUGAGAGUUGCUGAAAAUUGUUUUUCCAAUAACAAAGACAUCUCAGUUAAUUGCAUAAUUUGUUUAUCUGAAGUUUUAUAAAGUUAAUUACAGAAUCCCAAUAACCAUACCUAAGUCAAUUAUGAUACCCAACAAAUUAAACAAUAUUUAUUGCUUAGAAUCCAACUCCCAUAUGAUAAAAUCUGCAGCUAUGAAGUUCUUUUUAGAUCUAAAAUGCUAUUUCUACUAAGUUAAGUCUUGCUCGAUUCUCCCAAAUAGGUGCAGCAAUAAAACACAGUUCAAUAUACCAAAAUACACUAAAUUAUAAACUAAACGUCAUGA